AUGGCUUCUCUCCAGUCAGCACCCAGUAUGGCGGCUGGAAACAUGUCGUUGCCGCCAAACAUCACGCAACAACAAAUCCAAGAGGUCUUCCAGAUGCAGGAACAAGGCGUUCGCCAUGAUGACCCUGAAUACCUUAAGGCCCACAAUCUUCUAUCAGCCUUUCAACGGCAACAAGCCUACCACAAACAGAGGCAGAUGCAACAGCAGCAAUUGCAGGUGCAGCAACGUCAACAGCAGCAGCAACAACAACAACAGCAGCAACAGCAGCUCAAUGGCUCGAAUACUGAUGCUGUCGCUGCGAAUGGCAUGAAUGGCCGCAACAAUUCUAUUCCCAGCGCGACAAAUACCAAUAUACCGGAUGCCAGCGCGACAGGGGGUCAACAGCCUGUAGCCCAGGGCGUCCCUCAGAAAGGCGCACCUGGGACCGGGAAUAGCUUCUCUGCUGAGCAGCUUGCAACGCUUAGGAACCAAAUCCUAGCUUUCAAGAUGCUAUCUAAGAACCUUCCGAUUCCGGCUCGCGUUCAACAGCAACUUUUCCCUUCGAAGAAGCAGGAGACUCCUGCUCCAUCCGAGAAUGUCGCGGCUGCGGAAGGCGUCUUGGAAGCCACUGCUCAGAGCAAGCCGGAUCAGCCAACUACAACAGAAGCCCCUCAGCACAAAGAUUUCUAUCAGAACUUCCAGGCGCCAUACGAUCUGAUACCCAAGACUGUCAGCUUUACCGACCACGCCUCUCGCGCCAACCGCAUGCGUAUUCCCGCUUUGAUGCCACCUGGAAUCGACCUCGAGCAAGUGCGCGAGGAACGGGAAAUAGCCCUCUACAACAGAAUCAACGCACGAAAGGCGGAAUUGGCUGAGCUUCCUGCCAAUAUUGGCGCGUGGGAUUCUAGCCAGAGCGACACCGCCACUGCGGAUGACUCUGUGAAGCUCAAGGCCCUUAUUGAAUACAAGAUGCUCAAUCUUUUACCGAAACAAAGACUUUUCCGGAAGCAGAUUCAGAAUGAGAUGUUUCAUUUUGACAAUCUGGGCAUGACUGCGAAUCGUUCGAGCCAUCGCCGUAUGAAGAAGCAAUCACUACGGGAGGCUCGUAUCACCGAGAAGUUGGAGAAACAGCAGCGCGAUGCUCGCGAAACGAGAGAAAAGCGCAAGCAGUAUGAUCAUCUUCAGGCUAUUCUUACUCAUGGUGCCGAGUUGCAGACCGCUGCUGCCCAACAGCGUACUCGUAUGCAGAAACUGGGCCGCGCGAUGCUUCAGCAUCACCAGCACAUGGAGCGUGAAGAACAGAGACGUGUGGAGCGUACCGCCAAGCAACGUCUCCAGGCUUUGAAGGCCAACGACGAGGAAACGUAUCUCAAGCUGCUCGGACAGGCCAAGGAUUCUCGUAUCUCUCACCUUCUUAAGCAGACCGAUAACUUCCUCAAACAGCUUGCUGCCUCCGUCCGGGAGCAACAACGGAGUCUGGCCGAGCGCUAUGGCGAAGAAGACCAGUUCUUUGAAGAAGAUGAAGAAGAGGAGAUUGCUUCCGGAAGCGAAGAUGAAGGUGACGGAAAGAAGAAGAUUGAUUACUAUGCCGUUGCACAUCGCAUCAAGGAGGAGGUGACUGUUCAACCCAGUAUCCUUGUCGGUGGUACGCUCAAGGAGUACCAGAUGAAGGGUCUACAGUGGAUGAUUUCCCUGUACAACAACAACCUCAAUGGUAUCUUGGCUGAUGAGAUGGGUCUCGGAAAGACCAUUCAGACCAUCAGUCUAAUCACUUACAUCAUUGAGAGGAAGAAGAACAAUGGUCCCUUCCUCGUCAUCGUCCCUCUUAGUACCCUUACCAACUGGAACCUCGAAUUUGAGAAGUGGGCGCCGUCUGUUUCUCGUGUUGUCUACAAGGGACCCCCCAAUGCCCGUAAGCAACAACAGCAACAGAUCCGUUGGGGUAACUUCCAGGUUCUAUUGACAACCUACGAGUACAUCAUCAAGGAUCGUCCGAUUUUGAGCAAGAUCAAGUGGACUCACAUGAUUGUCGACGAAGGUCAUCGUAUGAAGAACACUCAGUCCAAGCUGAGCAGCACGCUUUCACAGUACUACACUAGCCGUUACCGUCUUAUUUUGACGGGUACACCUUUGCAAAACAACCUUCCCGAGUUGUGGGCACUGCUGAACUUCGUCCUGCCUAAUAUCUUCAAGUCCGUCAAGUCGUUUGAUGAGUGGUUCAACACACCUUUUGCCAACACAGGUGGACAAGAUCGUAUGGAACUGAGCGAAGAAGAACAACUGCUGGUGAUCCGUCGCCUUCACAAGGUUCUGCGGCCUUUCCUGCUGAGACGUCUGAAGAAGGAUGUCGAGAAAGAUCUUCCUGACAAGCAAGAGAGAGUCAUCAAGUGCCGUUUCUCUGCGUUGCAAGCCAAGCUAUACAGGCAGCUUGUCACACAUAACAAGAUGGCUGUCAGCGAUGGCAAGGGAGGUAAGACCGGUAUGCGUGGUCUUAGCAACAUGCUGAUGCAGUUGCGAAAACUCUGCAACCAUCCGUUCGUGUUUGAGCCAGUGGAAGACCAGAUGAACCCUGGACGAGGAACCAACGAUCUGAUUUGGCGUACUGCCGGUAAAUUCGAGCUUUUGGAUCGGAUUCUGCCUAAGUUCCGAGCCACUGGCCAUCGCGUCCUGAUGUUCUUCCAGAUGACGCAGAUUAUGAACAUUAUGGAAGACUUCUUGCGUCUUCGUGGAUUGAAGUAUCUCCGUCUUGACGGAUCCACCAAAUCAGACGACCGGUCCGAUCUGUUGAAAUUAUUCAACGCCCCGGAUUCGGAAUACUUCUGCUUCCUGCUAUCGACACGAGCAGGAGGUUUGGGUCUUAACCUUCAGUCCGCCGAUACCGUCAUCAUUUUCGAUUCUGACUGGAACCCUCAUCAGGAUUUGCAAGCCCAGGAUCGUGCGCAUCGUAUCGGUCAAAAGAAUGAAGUUCGUAUCUUGCGUCUGAUCAGUUCCAAUUCGGUUGAGGAGAAGAUUCUGGAGCGAGCUCAGUUCAAGCUCGAUAUGGAUGGCAAGGUCAUCCAAGCAGGAAAGUUCGACAACAAGUCUACCAAUGAGGAGCGUGACGCUUUGCUGCGGACGCUUUUGGAGACUGCUGAGGCAGCCGAUCAGAUUGGUGAUCAGGAAGAGAUGGAUGACGAUGAUUUGAACGACAUCAUGGCGCGGUCCGACGAGGAGUUGACUACGUUCCAGCGUAUUGAUAAAGAACGACAGAAGACCGUACAGUACGGCCCUGGUCACAAGUACCCUCGUCUGAUGUGCGAAGAAGAGUUGCCCGACAUCUAUCUUACGGAAGACAACCCGGUAACUGAGGAGGUCGAUGUUGAGUUAGCUGGUCGCGGUGCACGUGAACGCAAGGUUACCCGGUAUGAUGACGGACUUACCGAGGAACAAUGGCUUAUGGCUGUCGAUGCGGAUGAUGACACGAUCGAGGAUGCUAUCGCUCGGAAAGAGGCGAGGGUCGAGCGUCGUCGGGUGAACAAGGAGAAGCGUCAAAAGAAAACAGUGGGUGAUUCUUCACCGGAGCCUUCCCGCGAGAACUCCGAGACGCCUCAGCCGAAGAAGCGUCGCAGGGGUCCCGCUCCCAAGCGCAAGGCUGAGGAGGUUGUGGAGGAAACGCCUCAGCCAAAGCGGAAGAGGGGAAGACAAGCCAAGCCGGUUGAGACGCUGUCUCCCGAGGAUCGUGCCAUCCUGCAACGCAUCGUCAAUACCGUAUACCAAGCGUUAAUGGAUAUGGAGGCGGAGCUGCCGGCCGAUUCGUCAGACAGCGAGGAUGGCCCUGUUACGCGGUCCAUCAUUGAGCCAUUUAUGAAGCCACCGCCCAAGUCGCAUUAUCCCGACUAUUACAUGGUCAUUCAGAACCCGAUCGCCAUGGAUAUGAUCAAGAAGAAGAUCAACCGUGAGGAGUAUCAGAGCCUGAAGGACUUCCGAAAUGACAUCCAUCUCCUUUGCCAAAAUGCCCGGACUUACAACGAGGAUGGCAGCAUCCUGUUCCAGGAUGCCAAUGAUAUCGAGGCAAAAUGUUUGGCGGAGCUAAAGAAGGAGACCGAAGGCUACCCACAGUUUGCCAACUACGAUGACUUGGGUGGACAAGGCGGAAAUGAUCAGUCGACUGCUGCGGCAUCGGGGGCCGAAACACCUUCAGCGGUUGCUACGCCAAAGCUGAAGCUCACGUUCAAUAGCGGCAACCGAGACAACGCCGCGGCUGCAGGAGCCGGCAAUGGCGUCAAUGAGAAUGAUUGA